AGAUAGCUACGUGUUAUUACCAACCCAGCUAGUGUUGGUAGCGCUAGCGCUGCAUCGUAGUUGUGUCUCCAGCUUGUUUGUUAUUUUAAAAAAAAGAAAAAAAGAAAGAAAUAAUAAUAAUCGAACGUAGACUUUAUUUACUAGUGAACAGUGAAUACGCCAUUUAGUCGCAUUAUUUGCAAAUGGCGGGCACAGCGUUGAAAAGGCUGAUGGCUGAGUACAAGCAGCUAACUCUUAACCCUCCGGAAGGAAUUGUGGCAGGUCCUGUUAAUGAAGAGAAUUUCUUUGAGUGGGAAGCUUUGAUCAUGGGUCCCGAAGACACGUGCUUCGAGGGCGGCGUGUUUCCGGCCAUUCUGAGUUUCCCGUCGGACUACCCCCUCAGCCCCCCGAAGAUGAGAUUCACCUGCGAAAUGUUCCACCCCAACAUAUACCCGGACGGCCGCGUGUGCAUCUCCAUCCUGCACGCCCCCGGAGACGACCCCAUGGGCUACGAGAGCAGCGCCGAGCGCUGGAGCCCCGUGCAGAGCGUGGAGAAGAUCCUGCUGUCCGUGGUCAGCAUGCUGGCCGAGCCCAACGACGAGAGCGGAGCCAACGUCGACGCUUCCAAGAUGUGGCGCGAAGACCGAGAACAGUUUUACAUCCUCGCCCAACAGAUCGUCCGCAAAUCCCUGGGUCUCUAAAUUUCAGUCGCGUCCAGCCUCACGGACACACGACGUUCCUUUCGCCCCCCCAGUUCCUUUUAACGUUGUUUUUGUCACUCUCGUGAAGACUCGGAGAGAGAGAGAGAAUGUAUACCAUUGAGAAUACAUCCUCUUUCUCCCACCCCCUCCUCCCUCAGAGUUGCUUAUCAGAGUAGGACCCCACAUCCCCCCCCCCCUUAGACUUGCCUAUCAGAAUACUUCCACCGUCUAGGACUGUUAUCACGAGGCGUUUCCAGUGGAGUCCGCCGUGGAGGAUGCGGACAGCGUGUCGGUUCUGAGCCCAGCACUGCGGUCCCCUUCUCUUCCCUUCCCCUGCCCUUGAAGCACUUUAAUUCUUCCCAAGGACACUUUGCAGCGAUGUUCUCCACUCCACGCCGUCUUUACCGAACACGACACCGCUAGCCCGGUUUUUUAGUUCGCAAAAGUUUUAAAUUCACACGACGUUGCCCCAGGACUUGCGCCGUAGAGCAACGGACGCCGUAGACGAGCUCGCCGGAGGUCUCGGACGACGCUUGGCGUUCGGCGGUGAGAGACGGAGCGGGAUCCCUGCGGCGAUUCGUGGCGUCUCUGCGGUCAAACUGCUUUCUCCCACUCUUUAGCCCGUACGUUUACCCCUGUUCUCCUGCAGGAAGGACAGACUCCGUGAUGGAGGGACUUUUAAGGACUCUGUCAAAGUGUUAUAUGGAGCUAUAGCUUUAGUAAGGAGUUGAUUACUCCUUAUAAAAAUGACUGGGGAGGGGUGGGGGGGGGGGGUGUACAGGGGGGGUUACCCACCUGAGCUUCUGUUACUUUGGUUGCAUCUGGCUAAAAUUAAGGUGUCACAAAAAUGUUCCAUUCGAACAGACGUUAAGGUCGGUCAUAUUUAAGUGGCUUUUUAUUUGUGUGCUUUGCUGAGAUAUCGUUUUCCUGACCGGGUUCAUUUGAACAUUAUUGUUGGAGUCACCUUUGUUUCAGCCACUACGGAUUACGCAUGAUGGACAAUCAUGGAGAGCAAACCGGAGUGAAGCUUUUGAGAAAUCUGGGACAAAAUUAACGAAGCAACAUCAAAAUAACAGAGCAGACAUUUUACUGGUUUAUAGUCCUUUCCAGCGUAGGUUCCUCACCAGCAUCUGUCAGCGAUGCUCACUUAGAUUUGCUCCUCAGUCAUUUUUAAGUUCUUUCAUGGGUGUGGUUUUGAGAAUUUGUGCUGAACCCAGGAAUGUGUAAACUGGGUUGAGAGGACUGGUGAAUAUGUCCCAAGUUGCAUUUGACCCAUCUCUCAAGAGAUUCUGAUGUUCCUCCACAUUUCUAAGCCCUGGCUCUUAACACUGCACGUAGUGCUUUUGUAGGAACUACAGCAGAGAUUAUGACAGGAAUUGCUGUGUGUAAUUUUAUUAUUUGGUGAUGAUUUUGAAAUAAAGGAGAGGACUUCAUUCCUCUGACGGAA